AUGCCGUUGGUAAAGCGCUGUAUAGAGCCCAGACACCUGUGUCGAGGUGCUGUUCCUGAUGGAGUCACCAGUGAACUGGAGUGUGUUACCAACAGCACCCUCGCUGCCAUCAUCAAACAGCUGGGCAGCCUAAGUCGUUAUGCGGAGGACAUCUUUGGGGAUCUGUUCAACGAAGCCAACAGCUUCUACAUGAGAAUGAACAGCCUCCAGGAGAGAGUAGACCUACUGGCUGUCAAAGUCACACAGCUAGACUCUACCGUGGAAGAAGUUUCUCUGCAGGAUAUCAACAUGCGUAAGGCAUUUAAGAGCAGUACCAUCCAGGACCAGCAGGUGGUGUCACGGACCUCAGUCCCUAACCCUGUUGUAGAGAUGUACCACCGUGGUGACAAACCUCCGCCUCUCAACAUACUCAGCCCUUAUAGAGAUGAUAAGAAGGAUGCAUUGAAGUUCUACACAGACCCCUCCUACUUCUUCAUGCUGUGGAGAGAGAAGAUGCUUCAGGCUACGGAGGACAAACGGAAGGAGAAGAAACGGCAGAAGGUGGGUAUGCGUGCUGAGACAGUCGGCCAUCCGUCCACCAUCCCGGAGUACUUCAUCCCCCCAGCCCCUCCCCCUCCUCCCCCAAUCAUCCCCUCCGCCCAGACGGCCUUCGACUCUACCUCCUCCUCCCCCCUCCCUCCCCCCUCCCUCCCUCCUCCCUCCCUCCCCCCCGGGGCCGUGGCCAUCAUGUCCCGUUCUUACAGUCCCUCCCCUCCUCCUCCCGCCCCCCCUGCCCACUAUGUCCCCUCCCCCUCUCACGCCCCUCCCGCUGCCCCCCCUCCUCCCCCACCAGGCCUGCCCCCCUCCCACAUCCUGUCUCCGGCUCACGCUAUUGGUGGGUUUCAAGGAGAAGCUCCGCCCACCAGGAAGGGCCAGAUGCCGAUGAUUCCGAUAAGCGAUGCCCGCAGCGACCUGUUGGCUGCCAUACGUAGAGGUAUCCAAUUGAGGAAGGUACAGGAGCAGAGAGAGCAGGAAGCGAAGAGAGAGCCCGUAGGAAACGACGUGGCCACCAUUCUCUCACGUCGCAUCGCCGUCGAGUACAGCGAAUCAGAGUCUGACUCCGGCGGGGAGGACAACGGGGAGUGGUCCGACUGA